AUGGCAGCCGCCGCUGCGUCCGCCGCGCUCGAUCCGAGCAAUAGCGCCAAAAAUACUAUGAAGCUGGAAAAUACCGAGAAGCGCGACACCCUGAUCGCAAUCGAAAAGAAAUACCAAGCGCAAUGGAAGGAAAACAAAGUCUUCGAGGUCGACGCUCCGUCGUUCGCCGAAGUGCCUCAGGGCUCCGUGACCGCUGCGGAGCUGCGUGAGAAGCACCCCAAAUUCUUUGGCACCAUGGCCUAUCCAUACAUGAACGGCACUCUGCACGCUGGUCACAGCUUCACUGCUAGCAAGGUCGAGUUCAUGACCGGUUUCGCCCGUAUGGAGGGUAAGCGUGCUCUGUUCCCGCUCGGUUUCCACUGCACUGGUAUGCCUAUCAAGGCCUGUGCUGAUAAGCUGCGCGACGAGGUUAAGCUGUUUGGUGAGCACUUUGAAGGCUACAAGGAAGAGGAGGAAGCUCCUGCUCCUGCUGCUCCUACUCAGGAGUCUCAGCCUGAGGUCAAGGAACAGGCCGAGAAGUUCUCUGGCAAGAAGAGCAAGGCCGCGGCUAAAACUGUCAAGAUGAAGUACCAAUUCCAGAUCAUGCUGGCUAUUGGUGUUCCGCUCGAGGACAUUCACAAGUUUGCUGACGCCAACCAUUGGCUUCACCACUUCCCCCCUCUCGCCAUUCGCGACCUCGACAGCAUCGGGGCCCGUAUUGACUGGCGCCGUCAGUUCGUGACCACUGACGCCAAUCCUUACUACGAUGCCUUUGUGCGCUGGCAAAUGAACCGCCUUCAUGAGCUGGGCAAGAUCCAAUACGGUAGCCGAUACACUAUUUACUCGCCCAAAGAUGGCCAGCCUUGCAUGGAUCACGACCGUACUGAGGGUGAGGGUAUUGGCCCUCAAGAAUACACUGCUCUGAAGCUCCAGGUCAAGGAGUGGUCUCCCAAGGUCGCUGAUAUUGUUAAGGGAAAGAUCGAAGAUGAUGCUAAGGUCUAUUUUGUUCCCGCCACUCUGCGCCCAGAGACCAUGUAUGGCCAAACCAACUGCUUCGUUGGCCCCAAGAUCAAGUAUGGUCUUUUCAAGCUGAAGGAGAAGGAGUAUAUUGUGGUCACCAAGCGUGCUGCUUGGAACAUGGCUUUCCAGGGUCAUUUCUUCAGCAGCGAAAGUUUCCCCAAGUCUCAGGACGAGCUGCCCCUCGUCUUCGAGGCCCCCGGAUCUGACUUCAUUGGUACUCUGAUCCACGCUCCUCUGUCUUUCCACACCGAGGGCGUCUAUAUUCUGCCCAUGGAAGGUGUCUCUGCUGCCAAGGGUACUGGUGUUGUGACCUCCGUUCCCUCCGACAGCCCUGACGAUUACGCUACUCUGAUGGAUCUGCAGAAGAAGGCAGAUUUCUAUGGUAUCAAGAAAGAGUGGGCCGAUAAGGAGAUCUUCCCCCUGAUUGAGACACCUACCUACGGUAACUUGACUGCUCCUACGUUGGUCAAGCAACUGAAGAUCAAUUCCCCGAAGGAUGUGAACCAGCUCGCUCAGGCCAAGGAGCUCGCCUACUCGGAGGGAUUCUACAAGGGAAAGAUGAUUGUUGGUGAGUACAAGGGGCAGCCCGUCCAAGAAGUCAAGGACAAAAUUCGCCAGUCUCUUUACGCCAGUGGCGAUGCAUUCCCCUUCGCAGACCCUAUGGGUAAAGUUGUCAGCCGUAGUGGAGACGACUGUGUCGUUGCAUACCUCGGCCAGUGGUUCUUGAAUUACGGCGAGAACGACGCCAAGUGGCAGAAAGACACUCUGGACCACGUUGUCAACAAACUCAACACAUAUGCCGCGGAGACUCGCAAUGGCUUCGAGAAGAACUUGGACUGGCUCAACCGCUGGGCUUGUGCCAGAACUUACGGUCUCGGUUCCAAGCUCCCCUGGGACCCCAACUUUCUUGUUGAGAGUCUGAGUGACAGUACCAUCUACAUGGCCUACUACACCAUUGCUCACUUGCUGCACGGUGACCGCUACGGUAAGACUGUGGGUUCUCUGAACAUCACUGCUGAUCAGAUGACCGACGAAGUCUGGGACUAUGUCUUCACCCGCCGUGAUAUUAGUGAUGAUCUGAUUUCCAAGAGCGGAAUCAGCAAGGAGAGCCUCGAGCAACUGCGCCGUGAGUUCGAAUACUGGUACCCCUUGGACGUCCGUGUCUCUGGCAAGGAUCUGAUUCAGAACCACCUUACCUUCUUCCUGUACAUUCAUAUUGCUCUGUUCCCACCAGAGUACUGGCCCGGCGGUGUGCGUGCCAACGGACAUCUGAUGCUCAACGGGGAGAAGAUGAGCAAGAGUACCGGUAACUUCCUUACCCUCAAGGAUGCUGUUGAUAAGUUUGGUGCCGAUGCUACCCGUAUCGCCUUUGCCGAUGCUGGUGACAGUAUUGAGGAUGCCAACUUUGAGGAGGCUGUUGCCAACAGCAACAUCCUGCGUCUGCACACCCUCAAAGACUGGAUCGAGGAAGUCUCCAAGGAUCAGUCCCUGCGCACGGGUGCUGCUGAUGCCUUCGCCGAUAAGCUGUUCGACAACGAGCUGAACACUCUUGUUCGGGAAACCAAGAAGCACUACCAGGACACCAACUUCAAGCUUGCUCUCAAGUCUGGUCUUUAUGACUUCACUAGUGCUCGCGACUCUUACCGUGAGGCUGCUACCGCUGCUGGCGUCGGGAUGCACCGCGAUGUUAUCCUGCGUUAUAUCGAGCUGCAAGCUCUCAUGCUGGCGCCGAUCGCACCUCACUGGGCUGAGUACGUGUGGCUCGAGGCCCUCAAGAAGCCCGAGACCAUUCACAACGCCAAGUUCCCCGAGGUCCCAGAGCCCUCUCCAGAGACAUCAGCCGCCCAGGCGUAUGUCCGCAGCACCGCCUCGAACAUUCUGUCCUCCGAGGGCCAGUUUGCCAAGCGUCUUGCCAAGGGCAAGAAUUUGUCCUUCGACCCCCGCAAGCCCAAGAAGCUUACCAUCUUCGCCGCAAAGAAAUAUCCCGCUUGGCAGGAGAAGUAUAUUGACCUGGUGCGCGAAGCAUUCGACUCUUUGACCGUGUCCAUCGAUGACAAGUCUCUUAACGCCAAGGUCGGCAAGCUGGGAGAGAUGAAGAAGGCCAUGCCUUUCGUCCAGGGUCUCAAGCGCCGCCUGCUGCCAUUCGACGAGUUUGCUGUUCUUUCUGAGAUGAUCGGCGGUCUGAAGCGUACCUCUGGAUACCAGGAGGUUGAAGUCAUCUCCGUCGAUGAGGGCGGUAAGACCGGCGAGGUUGUUGGCACUGGCGAGAAGAGGGAAGGUCUUUCGGCGGAGAACGCCGUGCCUGGACAGCCCACCUUCCUUUUCGCCAACAUCUAG